ACGCGCGUCGACUUCCUCGUCCUGGAGUCGGUGUCCAAGGAACACUAGCCCGAAGUGGGGGUCGGCCUGCGGGGGCGUCCGCCAGUGGCCGUGCCGCUCCAAGCAGUUUCCGCCUCGUCGCACUUCUCCGCUGAGGCGCCGCGCGGCCAGGCAGCGGAUCCAGGCCUCAGCCGGGCCCGGGGCCUCCGGGGCUCUCCCGGGCUCAGCAUGCCCGGGGUGAAGCUGACCACCCAGGCCUACUGCAAAAUGGUGCUUCAUGGAGCCAAGUACCCUCACUGUGCCGUCAAUGGACUGCUGGUGGCUGAGAAGCAGAAGUCGCGCAAGGAGCACCUGCCGCUGGGCGGCCCGGGCGCCCACCACACUCUCUUCGUGGACUGUAUUCCCCUGUUCCACGGCACCCUGGCCCUCGCCCCCAUGCUGGAGGUGGCCCUCACCCUGAUUGAUUCAUGGUGCAAAGAUAAUAGCUAUGUGAUUGCUGGUUAUUACCAAGCUAAUGAACGAAUAAAGGAUGCCAGUCCAAACCAGGUUGCAGAAAAGGUAGCCUCCAGAAUUGCCGAGGGCUUCAGCGAUACCGCUCUCAUCAUGGUAGACAACACUAAGUUUACAAUGGACUGCGUGGUACCUACGAUCCAUGUGUACGAACACCAUGAAAACAAAUGGCGGUGCAGAGACCCACACUAUGAUUACUGUGAAGACUGGCCAGAGGCCCAGAGGAUCUCCGCGUCACUCCUGGAUAGCCGGUCCUAUGAAACGCUUGUCGAUUUCGACAACCACCUGGAUGACAUUCGGAAUGACUGGACCAAUCCCGAGAUCAAUAAAGCUGUUCUGCACCUGUGUUAGGGAGAGAUUUCAAUGACUAGUCUCUGGGCAUUUCCACUGGGCUGAAGAAGAAAAGCUAUUUUUAAAUGUAAAUAAAAUAUCUCAUUGCCUGUGUGGAAAACUGACAGUUUUCAGAAGUGGCGUGUGCCUUGAAAGAGAGCAGAAUGUUCCAUCAGUCAUCUUUUUAAUGCAGAGUCUCUAGAAGAGGUACCAACUGUCCAAUCUGACCAUCCCUGUGGAGUUCUUCCCAGUUGUGUGUUGCCAUAAUCCUCCCAAUCAAAGCUGUUUCUGCUUGUCCAAGAUUGUUCCUAUUAAACAGUUUUAAUUAACCUUUUAUAAUCUGGAGAGGAUACUUUUUAAGACUUAUGAACUAUCUUUAAAAAAGCAACGACGAUCAUAUCUUAUACCUGAAUGAGAGUGUUUGUGAGUUUUCAUCCAGUUUGAGUUAAUGUCAUCCAGCCCUGGGAUUGGGCCGGUGCGUAGUGUGCAGGUGCCCAGUCAGUGUCUGAGAACCUUUGUGUUGGUUGGUGUUCAGCGGUCGGAAGGCUACAGCUCUCAACAGCACUGCCCCACAUGGUGUGGAGCUAAUGUAGCUGCUGCAACUCUACACAGUGGGAAUAAAGCCACUGUUGCCUGAGAAACCUUCAUCACUAAGGGUAAAAACAAACAUCGUUGGUAAUGGGAGCGCAGUGUAAUGCUUCUCGAUCAACCAGAAAACUUGUAACCUGUGGAAUCAAAAAAGGAAACGGAACCAGUACUAAGAUUAUUUUUAAAAGGCAAGAAUCAGUUCUAACUCUAACUUGCAUGAUUAUCUAAAGGAUUCUAAUUUAUGCCUUCAAAAUUAUUAUCUCUUUUGUAUUUGAAGUAAUGAGCAAAACAAAAUUUAGACUCCUGUCUGUAAUGUUUAUACAUAGAACUUAUUAUGGUUAAACUUUUUAACCCAAUCAUAGGAAGCUGAUGGGGAAAUUUGAUGGUACCAUUACAUUUUUUAUAUGAACUAUUGUGCAGAAUUCAGAGAACCCUAUCUUUCCUACUGUCUUUUUCUUUGACUAUGAAGGAAAUUUGUAACAAUUAGCAUGAUCUGUUGAAAGGGUUUAUGACACAGCAUUCAUUAUUUUCUCUUGACAAAUAGGAAAAAAUUUUCAGACAUUGCUUAUAAUAGAUGUGCUUUAUUUAACCCACCAAAUUCUCUCUUCCCCUUUCUUCAAACACCUCUUACCCUUAACUUUUGAAGCUGACAUUAAUUUGUGUGGGGAGCACAAACGAAGGGGAUCAGUGCACUUUUUCUCACUGUCCUCACCGUAGAGCCCAGCACCACGAGCAGUCUUGUUCCAAAUUGGUUUGGGUUUGUUUCCAAAGGAGAAAAAUCACCUCUAACAUUUACCACAGAAAAGGCUGUCUUCAUGGGGUUCAAAUGAGUGUGUGCUAUCUCCAGUUCAAGGUCAGAGAUACUUGGAAUCAAGGUGUGGCUAAGGCUACUUUGGGAGGCAUUUUAAAGACAGUCUAAAAACCAUGGUGGUUUUCCCUCAUUUUUACCUCUUUGUAGAAUUCUUGCACUUGAUUGUCCCACCAGCUCCCCAGAAAUGUGUACCAUCCUCCAGUUUGCGUUUCAACCUAGAACCAGAUCCUUUCUGUGGCUGAGUCAGGCUUAGAUUUUCAGAAGGAAACAUAUUAAAUAUUCAGAAGAAAAGAAUGUAUUUGGUAAAAAAGCAGUAACAUUUCCAAGAUACAGUACCUGCUCCCAUAUCCUUGUAGGAAUGGCAAAAGCCUCUGCUGAGCCCCCAGCCCCUGUGCUGGGCUCCUUCCCUCUUGCCUGUCUAAGCCUUGCUGUGUGGCCUCUGCACCUCCAGGCUCCCUGGCCCUAAGAACAGGCUUCAUUUUUGCCCCACCCAGGGAGAAAUGAGAGCCUGUCAGAGUAUAAAAUGUAUUCAUACUCUGCCUUUGUAUAGAAAAGACUUAAAGGAGCAACACAAAGUAUAUUUGUACAUUGGAGAAAUCUUUGUUCAUCAAAAUGUUCUUAAAUCUCUUAAAUCUGAAGGGCUUAGGAGAGAGGGUAUGUGUGUGGAGCUAUCCCCUUAGAGCCAUCCAUAUGCUUAAAGUCAUUCUGGUGAACAUUUUUAUCUCUUGUAUAACAUCCAUUAAGAUGUGAGUAGCACAAAUUCUUUACAAAAAAUUGUCAUUUUUAAUUUCUAAUCAUGGUUGCAUUUAAGAACUGAAGAUACUAAACAUGGAAAAGUAAGCAGUAACUACAUAGGUAACAAAAAGCAGUGUGCUUGCUAAGGAAAAAUUGAUUUUGCCAGUUCUAAUGAAAUUAGGUUAACAUAGAACAGAAAACAACUUAGAAAUCUUGAGUAAUUUGAAUUUUCAAGUUACUUUCCCUGGGAGCUGAUAUUUUUAAGCUUCAUCUGUGUAACAAGUUCUGUAUAAUUAGUUUUUAUUUAAUAGCUUAUUUUUCUAAGUGAUGUACUUGGAAAACCUAUUGUUGUUCGUGCAUAUAGUAAUUCUCACCUUGUCUCACCUGCCUUUUUUGUUUUGCCACCAAAAGAAACAUUUGCUUCUAAAACUGCUGCUUCUUAGAAUUAUAUUUAUCUUAACACAGUAGCUACUUGAUGACAUCAUGGUAAGUGGAAAAUAGCCAUGGGCAUUAAUCUCCAUACCCUGUGGGCAUUUUUAGCAAUUUUAGUGAAGAGAGCUGAAUUUAAAAAUAGACUUCCGCUCACUAAUUGACAUUUGUUAAAGCUUUCCAUCAACUCACUGUCUCUUAAGCAUUGGAUUUUCCUCUCAGUUCAAUAGAAAGCCUGGCACAAAUGUUAGUUUGCGUUCCCCCUGCCAACUCUCCGUUAGAUGAUAUAUUAACCUAACCUAAUUUCCAUACACCUCAGAAUCCAGAGGAGGAGAAAUAUGUUCAUUCUCAUAAUGUUGACUGUUACCCCUUAAAAUGCAAAACCUGAUCGAGUUUAUUAUUUCCUAGAAGUAAAUGGCCAUUCUAAGGGCCCUCUUCCUCUAGGAUUGACUUCUUGGCGUGGACAUCCCCUUGCAGUGAUCUCUGGGGGUUUUUCUUUAGAAUGCGAGACCUAGUCCGGCUUUAGAAUGGCAAGAAUUGUGUUCUGAUCUUUUGCUUUUAGAAUAUGGCAAGUGCCCGCCAAGCAUCCACUGGAAUUUGGAGGAAACCUUUGGCUUGAACUUGUAAAGCAGAAUAGCAUCCUGCAUUUAGCGCUGUCUGAAACACAUUCCAGAUACCAUCAAUAAAUCUGUAAAUAAUGGAAUUUCAGAACACUCAUGAAGUUCUAUGGGCAAGGCUCCUUGGGGUGUCUGCACCAACGCAGGGAACUCGCUGAGUUUGCUGAGGGCCCUUGGUGUUCCCCAAACACUGAGGAUUAAGUGAAAACUUAAGGUGGGCCUGAUUUAGAGCCCUCCAGGUCCCCUUCCCCAUUUACUUCCUGACUAAAGAAGAAUUGGUCAUUUCUCAGGAUUGGAUGUUCUCAAAAAAGAGAAUCUUCUGUCGCCCACAGCAGUGCCUCAUUUCUUCCUCGAUAACUCCUAACGCUGCAGCGGUGUCUGGUGUGAGCUAGUAGCAGGGGUGUGGCAGUGAUUAGUCGGAGUGCCAGGUGUGAAUCCCAGCUUUGCCAUUUUCUAGUUCUGUGGUUGUGGGCAAGUUACCCCUGCCUGGGUCUUGUCUGAAAAAUGAGGUCAUAACACCUACUUGCAGUGAUGUCAUGGGGACCAGAGGGAAUAAUACCUGUAGAAUGUCUUAGGCCUGCAUCGAAAAGAGUUCUUAACUGCUAAUGUUUUAACAAUUCAAGAACAUACUAUUGGCCAGAGUGAUAAGUGCUUAUUCAUAGUAAACAUUCAGCGAACGUCUAUUAAAUAGUGAGUGAGUGAAAGCAAUUGUUCUCCAAAGAUAACAGCAGCUUACAUUUCUUGCUUUUGUUUAUAUUGCCUUGUUGAGGACUGAGUGAAGAAAUAAAGUGGAGUUGCUAAAGUCAGGCUGCUAAGUUACUAAAAUCAAGUAGUCUGAGGCAGAGGAAACAAUCUCUUGCUUUAACCAGCCUGGGAACUUAAACUUUUGAACCCCCCAGUAUCCCUGGAGAUACAAACAUAUAGGUCCUAUAGAUAACCCUCUGGUUACCCCCUAAAGGACUUAGGAAAGAAUGCUCAGGUCCAGAGCACCAGUCAUCUAGGAUCAGCAUCUUGGACCAAUCCAGAGGCUAAGAAUGCAGGACUGAUUCUUCUUAAGAGCAUACUUUUUACUAUAAGAACUUUCAGUGUUUCUUCUUUAGAACAUUCUGGAUAUUACCUAGUUAUGUUUAUGAUUUGCAAACCCUAAGAGCCUUGAAUAAAUCUUUAUCAUUAAUUUCUA